AUGACGGCCGAGCCUACAGAGACGACCAGCUUGCUCCCACGGGAGGAGGGUGUCAGGGAACCCCCCAAAAAUGACGAUAAGCCCGUGGACACUGGUUUAUCAUGGAAGAGGUUGCUCGGUAUUAUCGGGGCGUUACUUGGUGUUUUCCUUGCCGGUGCGGACGAGUCUAUGGUGCUGGUGACAUUCCAGACUAUCGCUUCGCACUUUAAGCAGCUAGGGGACAGCCCUUGGGUGCUUGCGGGAUACAAUCUGGGUUACUGUGUGGCUCUUCCAGUGUAUGGAAAAUUGAGUGACACCUAUGGUCGACAGAUACCAUUAGUCGUUGCCUACUGCCUCUUCAGCGGUGGCUGCAUAUUUUCGGGUUCAGCUGCAGCGCUCUGGCACGUUAUUGUUGGAAGAGUGAUAACAGGGAUUGGAGCAGCUGGCAUGGUUGCUCUAGUAUGCGUGCUAAUUACGGAUAAUGUACCGCCUAGCCAGGUAGCAAUUACCCGAAGCUAUGUGAACAUGGUCAGUGUCUUUGGCCGUGUUCUCGGAGGUCCUAUUGGUGCAUUCAUUACAGACAGUGUUGGCUGGCAAUUGUCCUUUGUUGUACAAGCCCCGACUGCAAUCAUGUGCUGUAUCAUCUCCAUAGCCCUGCUGCCACCAUCCAAACCAAAGGACAAGAACGUGAAAAAGAUUCCGUUGCGCAAAAGAGUCGAUUUCUUGGGGAUCGGGAUGUUUGCUAUCUCUAUCACCACAUUCUUGGUUGCCAUCAGGCUACUAGGUGACCAUGAGGCUUCAACAAGAAUAACCAUUCUUUUCGGGGUAGUCUCCGCUGUGUUUGGUGGCUUCUUCCUCGUGGUGGAGGCAUACUAUGCGAGAGAGCCUGUCAUCCCGCCUGGUUUACUCAAAAGCAUGGCAGGUCCAUACGCCGUACAGGUACUUCUACAAGUAGGGGUUUUUGGGAAAUUUGACAAAACAUUGCGCCCUAUUUCAUUCGCACCACAGGUGCAAGUAGUACACGAGCUGCAGUUCAUCUUGCUCCAGUAUUUUUACACGCUUUUCACACUUUUUGAUAUCACUAUGAGACUGGCAUCGUGGGAUGAUGAAACUGACCAUUCUCUGCUCGUAACUUUUAGAACUCAUAGAUAUAAGACCCUGUCGAUUAUAUCUGUUCUCCUCGGUCUCACAUUUUUCACCUUGAUUGCGGUAAGAUGGCGAACUGGGGUAAGUGGCUGGGAGUCACUCUAUGUGUUCCCAGCUUUCCUGAGUUUUGGACUCUUGCUUUCGACCACUUUUACCGGGCUGAUUGCGUGCACUCCAAAAUCCAUCCAUGCCACUGCUAUCUGCGUCUACUACCUCUGUCAGCAGGUUGGAACCAUGCUUGGAACCGUGUUUUCCUCUCUGACCAUCGAAACAAUUUUGCGUGAGGUGCUCAGGAUACGCCUGGAAGAUAUUCCUAGCAAAAUGGAGAUUAUUGAGCGUGUUCUACAUGAUUCUAAUCCUGACAUCAUUCCAGAGGCGUUACGAAGCAUUGUUCGCAGCAGUUACCUCUACAGUUUCCAAUUUGCUGCCUUCAUACCCGUGAUUACCACUGCCAUAGUUCUACCACUGAUGGCAAUAGACAGGGAGGUAGAGGUUGAGUAG